UUGUCACAUGUUUCGCAACGUGUUUGGUGUGUUUCUGAAUUACGUUACGUUUUAUAAUUGUUAUAUUGCGGAAAAGUGAUUUGCUAAUAAAAUAAUUGUUUCGUAUGUACAAUGGUAAUUCAAGACAUGGAUAUUUCUUUAAAUGUAACAGCGGGUCCAGCUUUCUCAGCGAGAACUAAUAAACAGAGAAGAACCGAAUCUUUUCAAACUUCAAUUAAAAGAUUGAAAAAUCAAUCCUCAGGCAAAAAAGGUAUAGCAGUGAAUAAUAAGAAAUCAAAAGAUACGCAAGACACACAAUCUAAGAAACGAAUUAGGCAGAAGUCAUUAUCAACUAUUUUUGUUAAAAAAUUGAAGGAGACUAACACUGUCGCUCAUAAUGCACAAUCUCAAAUUCCAUCUCGUGUUAAAGAUGUAAUGAUAAAAGCUCCAGAGUCAGGAAAGAUUAAACAACAAUCCGAUGACACAGAUAAGAAAGAUGUGAAAUUUAAUAAAGUUUUAUCUGUAGCAAACUCUAAUUCUAAUAUUACAAAUGAACAGACAGUAUCCUUUACAAAAGUAACGAAACAACAUAUGGGUGAGACAUUGUUGGCAAAAAGAAGAGAUACUUUAAUUGAACAGAAAAAAACACUUUCCGAUAUAUUCCCAAGUCAGUUGAAUGAAUUGAAUAAAAUUGAAUUAAAUAUAUCUCAAAAACAUGACAUUGAUAAAGAUAGUAAAUUAAAUGAAAAAUUUGAUGCGGUAACUAAGAAAUCUCCUACCUUGAAAAUAAAGCAGAUGAGCAUUUUGAAUAAAAGAAAUGAGAAGAAACACAAAGAAAAAACUGUAAAUAAUCACAGAGAAUCAGAUAAUACUCCACAAUUAUUGCGCAAAGGAGGUGGAAAAAUUUCUUCCUUAUUUGGCAAUAAUCCUGAUGUACCGAUUAUAGGGCAGAGGCUUGUAAAGCCUGUAGACGAACCAAUUUUUACAAAGAUCACUUUUGCAGAUCUUAAUAUUCAUCCAUUUAUGAUCUCAAAUUUAGAACAAAACAUGCAUAUAACCAAAAUGACAACGGUUCAACAAAAAGCCAUUCCUGAGAUAUUUUCAGGUAAAGAUGUUUUAAUAAGAUCUCAAACAGGAUCUGGGAAAACAUUAGCAUAUGCUUUACCUAUUGUUGAACUAUUACACAAAAUUAGACCAAAGUUAAAUAGAAAUAGUGGUUUAUCAGCCCUUAUAGUUGUACCAACAAGAGAAUUGGCCCUUCAAACAUACGAAUGUUUCAUAAAAUUAGUUAAACCUUUUACAUGGAUUGUACCAGGAUAUAUAAUUGGCGGAGAAAAGAGAAAAGCAGAAAAAGCUCGAUUACGAAAGGGAUGUAAUAUAUUAAUAACUACUCCUGGCAGAUUAUUAGAUCACAUAAAGCAUACAAAAGCAUUGAGAUUAAAUGAAGUUAGAUAUUUCAUAUUAGAUGAAGCUGAUAGAAUGCUUGAAAUGGGAUAUGAAAAGAAUAUUUCUGAGAUAGUAAAUGCUUUGAAAGUGUCAAAUCACAACAAUGAAUCAGGAUACGACGCUAUGAAAAUAUUCAAACAAAAUAUUAAAAAUAUAUCAACUGAUAAAAAUAUUUCCAAAGAAGAUGAUAUAAAAUUUUGUAGUAAAAUAGAGAAAAAUCACAUAAAUGAUAAAAUGAGACAUAUGGAUAAUUCAAAUGAUGAUAAUAAAGAUGACAAUCAAGUUAUUAUCAAAGGAAAAGAAGUUUCAAAAGGAAGGGAGAAAGAUACAAAAUAUUCAAGUAUGAAUCAAGAAUUUGAUUCGAAAGCGGAAAAUGCACAAAACAUUGAGCAAGAUUGUAAAGAUGUAACUCAAUCAAGAAGAAAGACAAUUUUAUUAUCCGCGACUUUGACGCAAGCUGUCGAAAAAUUGGCGGGCCUUGCGAUGUACAAUCCAAUCUUCGUUGACGCGGCUAAAGAGAACUUAGAAACAAGCGGAGGAGAUACCAGCGAGAUCAACGAAGAUUUAAUAGUUCCACAAAGUGUAAUUCAGAGUUACAUAGUCACUCCACCUAAAUUAAGAAUGGUCACUCUGAGCGCUUAUAUCGUCAGUAGAUGUCAGACUCCUGGGCAGCAUAAAAUAUUGAUCUUUAUGGCCACGCAAGACAUGGUGGACUAUCAUACCGAAAUUUUGUCCUCUAUUCUUACGGAAUCAGUAGAUGACAAUGACGAUGAGGACUCCGAUCCGCUGGUUAACGUAGAAUUCUUCAAACUACACGGUAACAUGACACAGAAGGAAAGGACGGAAGUCUUCAAAACUUUUAGUCGAGCGAAGAGUGGAGUACUAUUAUGCACGGACGUCGCAGCGCGAGGUCUAGAUAUGCCAAAGGUAGAUUGCGUUGUUCAGUAUACAGGACCAAUUUCGACUAGGGAUUAUGUUCAUCGAAUCGGUAGAACAGCGCGUGCAGGAUGCUCCGGGACAGCAACAAUCUUUCUGACGCCCUCGGAAGUCGAAUUUGUGCGGAUGCUCGAGUCAAGGCGCAUCAGAAUCAAACAACAGAAUAUGAACGACAUUUUGGACAAGCUAUUGGGACCUCUUUCCAAGCAUAACUCCGUGCAAGCGGCAGCUAUCGCUCUGCAAAACAAUUUUGAAAAUUUAGUAUUGGAAAAUAAGCAACUUGGCGCGAAGGCGUAUAAAGCGUACACCUCAUGGAUGCGUUUCUAUUCAAGUUAUCCGCGUGAUAUGCGUGAGAUAUUCAAUCGAAAGGAACUUCAUUUGGGUCACUAUGCCAAAAGUUUUGCGUUGAGAGAUUCGCCGCACCGAAUCGGCGGAAUCGGUAAAAAGCUACGCGAGAAAGAAGGUCUGAAGCCCAACCAUAACAAUCGCCUACACAAGCCAUCCGAUGGGGUGCCGCAAAAGGAGCAAAGGAAACAAAACGGCGACAGGCAAAGAACGGGGUUGUUGAAGAGGGCGAGGAUGCUCAACACGUCCGAGUACGAUAGCGGUCUCGGACCUAUAAAGAAGUCAAAAAAAUCCAGCCCAGGGGUUGUCUGACAAUGAGAGACACGCAUGCAUAUUACAAAGAGUCUCGCACAUGAUUGCGCUGGCAACGAACGGGAAUUUUUGCGGGCCUCUGCGAGGACCAUGACGUGCGAAGAAAAGGGAGGGAGGGAGGCUGCCCCCUCGAGAGAACCCCUUGCGGAGGAAGAGCCGUCACGAAGAUAGCGGUGGAAAGGUACGGUGGAGAGUAUGAUUAAUACGCGAGCAUUAUUUUCGGAUUUUUUGCCUCGCGAUCCGCGAGCGCAAAUUGCUUACAAAUAAAGGCGGCGUCGAGUGACUAUCGCCGCCAGUAGAACGGCGGCGAGAACGACGGAAAGGAAGUCACGGAAGGAGGCCGAGAGCUCGCCCCGAGCUUAAUUUAAUUUAAUUAUGCCCUCUUUCUUACGCUACCAGUGCGCUCGAAGAUAGAUGGCGGCCACAGAAUCUCGUACAUCUCGUCUCGUCUCGCCUCGUCGCGAAUGUAACCGUAAUAUUUCCGCGACACAAGUUGACCUUCAU